UCAGCUUAGUUCGUUUUUAAAUAAUGAAGAAAAUAUUUGUUGGUAUUUGGCUUCUUUUGUUCCACGCUGUCAAUGGCACUGAAUUGGAAGAAUUAAAAGACGAAUUCGAGCGCUACAGGGCUAAAAAUGAUGCAAUACUGGAACAAAUCGCAGAACAGCUAGACAUCUUGAGAGAGAUGGCUAUUCCUGGUCCUCCAGGUCCAGUCGGUCCUCGAGGUCCAGUCGGUCCUCCUGGCAUCCCAGUUACUGGAUUUUACGGCAAAGGACCCAAAGGAGAGCCCGGAAUUGUGGGAUAUCCAGGACGGAAAGGUGACCCCGGACCUAAGGGAGAACCCGGCUUUUCACAGCAGAAAGGUGAACGCGGAUCUCGUGGAUUUGGCGGUCAAAAAGGCGAGAUGGGACCUGCAGGCAUUCCAGGACCUAAAGGUGAUCUCGGAGAUCCUGGAUUAAUCGGCCGUAUGGGACCGAAAGGAGAACCCGGUUUUGGAGGGCGACCAGGGCGUCCGGGUCCGAAAGGUGAUCGCGGAGGGAUCGGUUUGGUCGGAAUUGAUGGAUUAAAAGGAGAGAAAGGUGAUACCGGAUUUCCAGGAACUUCCGGACCGGUCGGAUUUAAAGGAGAGCAAGGUUAUAUUGGAUAUCCAGGAAUUUCCGGACCUGCCGGAUUUCCGGGACAGAAAGGUGAGCCUGGCUCCUGGUGACAGGAAAUCCCGAAAUUUGCAAGAUAUUGGAAAAACCGGGAUGUUAAUAAUUGUUUUUUUUUUAAUUUGCUUAAUUGCGAUU